AAUGAAAAUUUACUCCAACUCCCUGACGAUGAAGUUCAUUAUUACAGAAGAAAUAUUGUCUCAGGACUUAACCUAUUGACAUUGAAGGUUAGUCCCUCAUUAUACUAAAUAAUUUUUUCCUUGGCCCCUAUUAAAACUAUGAAGAUUCACAGUUGAACACUCCAAUUUGAGAAUGCUCCGAGUAUUUGCCGUUAAUUUAAUUGCCAAAAGGUUUGCAGGGCAUUCCAAGUGGGCAAAUAUUCGUCAUGUUAAAGGUACUAAGGAUGCCCAAAGGGGCCUCUUAUUUGGAAAACUGUCCAGGCAGAUAAAGGUGGCAGUUACAGAAGGGGGUUCUAUUGAUCCCACAAAGAAUCCUAAACUCAAACAAAUCAUAGAUCAAUGUAAGAGAUUUAACAUGCCAUCGGCCACAAUGCAGAGUGUGCUGAAAAGUUGUUCAGCAGAUAAGACCGUUAUGAAACUAUGUACUUUCGAUUUUAAAGGACCUGGAAGCUGUAUUAUGGUGUGUGAAAUGCAUACAAGUAAUACACAUCAUUCGAAACAACUUUUAGCCACUCUGCUAAGGAAACAUAAGGCAAAGUUUAUAGACGGUUCUGGAUUACAUUUGUUUGAAGAGAAGGGCAUUAUACAAGCGGAGAACGAAACGUUGUCUUCUAAACCUGAAGAGGAGCAAUUGGAGAUGGCAACAGAACACGCAAUUGAAAGCAACGCAGAAGAAGUUACAGUUGAAGAUAAAAUAUUUAGUUUUCUCUGUAAUAAAGAUCAUUUUGCGCAGGCACAAGACAACUUGGAGAAAUUCGGGUAUCAAAUAAUUACCGCAUCCGUCGAUUAUAUUCCGCAAAAGACGCAACGUUUGAAUGAAUCUGAAUUUGCCGCGUAUGAAAAGCUAAUGGGCAAGUUAUAUGAAAUGACGGAAGUUGUGAGAGUGUUUGAUAAUGCCGAACCAAGUUCCUGAUUUGCUGUUAUUUGCUAUAGAAUAUGCAAUGUUCAAUAAAAUUUUAUUAUUUUA